CUUGCAUCAGUGCCAGGAUUGUCCCACUGAGGUUUGAGCGGCUGUUAUAUUUCAACUCCCGUAGACUGAUCCAUAGACGGGCAGUAUGGAUCAUCGUGCAGCCCUGGAAAUGGAUAAAAUCCACCCAAAUCGCCAGUCGAGCAUCACGGAUGACGAAGAAGAACAAGAUGCUGCGUUUACCAUUGUCAGAGUCCUGGACAAGGUAGCCACUAUAGUAGAUAGCGUGCAGGCCAGUCAAAAGCGGAUUGAGCAGCGCCACAGAGAAAUGGAAGACGCCAUCAAGACAAUUCAGAUCGACAUUCUAAAGCUGGCUCAGGCACAUGGCAACACAGGAUACACAGUUAACAAGCUGUUGGAGAAAACACGCAAAGUUAGUGCUCGGGUCAAAGAAGUGAGAGUCCGAGUAGAGAAGCAGAAUGUUAACGUGCAGAAGGUGGAGACCAAACAGGAAGAAAUACUGAGGAAAAACAAGUUUCGUGUUGUCAUUUACCAGGAAGACAUUCAGUGUCCAUCUUCUCUGACCGUUGUCCAAGACAGAACACAAGAGGAAAGCAGAGAAGAUGCCUUCUGCCCACCCGAUGAUCUCUCGUCUGACGAGGAGUAUUACAUAGAAGAAAGCCGAACAGCCCGUUUAAAGAAAUUGGGGAUGAGGCGCAUCAGCAUAAUCAAAAAAGCAUUUUCAAGAGAAAACCUUCAGAAAACAAGGCAAAAUUUUGGCAAGAGGGUGGACAGGCUUCGUACUCGAAUAGUAACCCCCGAGAGAAGGGAACGAAUAAGGCAAUCGGGAGAGAGGUUGAGACAGACUGGGAUACGGUUCAAGAAAAAUAUUGCCAAUGCAGCACCAAUUAAGGAGAAUUUGAAAAAGUAUAGGAAAACUAAAGAGCAACCGGGGGCUGAAGGCCAACAAGGAACCCAAGAAUCUGGCACUCAAACAGCAACAGAAAGUAGGGAAGCUGAACCAGCCAUCGAAGAAAUUUCCUACUCUGAAGUGAUAACCAAAGUGAAGAAGGACAAAGGGAACGGAUCAAAAAACCUUUCUCAGGCAGAUGAGAAAAUAGUGAUUCCUCCUGAGAAGAACCUGAUCAAACCAGAGACAAAAGGGGAUGCCCUUCUACUGGAUCUAAAGCAGCCAGCUUAAAUGGCAAAAGUCUGCUGGUGCGGUGGUGUCACUGUGGCAGGGGAAGAGCAAUUCCUUUCAUGCUGGAGGGGCAGAACAGUGGCUUUCAUACUGCCUAAAGAUACCUUGAAGUAUUGCAUGUUGCAGAAAGUUUGGGGCCCAGCCCAAGGUUUGGUUUCUAUUUGGACAAGCCAAAUUGGUCUGUUGGAUUUAUCUGCCAACCCACCAAACCAAGCAGCAUGUGUUAAGACAUUCUUUUCCUACCUUGUGUUGUUCAAAUGUAUUUU